AUGGACAUCCCGCUACAUGAAACGACGGCAGCCCCCAUCCGCUCCCGUCGUACUGGCUUGUGGACCAACCAGAGCCGGGUCAGAGAGGUCAAGCGGUUCGAGGACUUCCGCACCAUCGACUGGGUCGAGGAUGAGUUGGACGAGCACCGCAAGCGGAUUCUCAAGCUCAAGCACUCUACGGGAUCCUCCCUGUUCUUGCAAAAGCUCUGGUCGUCCACUCAGAGCUGGCUCGUGCUAGCCGUGAUUGGUGUGGCCAUUGGGCUCAUUGCUGCCAUUUUGAACAUUGUCACUGCGUGGCUCGCCAGCAUCCGUACUGGCCAUUGUACCAGCGGGUUCUAUCUCAGCCGCACUUUCUGCUGCUGGAACCAGGGCGAGGAGAGCUGCCUGGCAUGGGUAGAGUGGUCUCACUAUGGUGCCAUCAACUACGUCGCCUACGUGGCGAUCUCGCUAGUUUUCGCGUCCACCGCGGCGGUGUUGGUGCAGCGGUACGCUCCGCUGGCCGCUGGCUCUGGGAUCUCUGAGAUCAAGUGCAUCGUGUCAGGGUUCGUGGUGGAAGGCUUCUUGGGUGCGUGGACGCUCUUCAUCAAGUCCUUGGGGUUGCCGCUCGCCAUCGCCUCGGGGUUGAGCGUGGGCAAGGAGGGUCCCUCCGUGCACUACGCCGUGUGCGUAGGGAACACCGUCGCGGGGCUCGUGCCGCAGUACCGCAAAAGUGCCGCUAGAGCUCGCGAGGUUUUGACUGCCACCGCAGCAGCCGGCGUGGCAGUGGCGUUCGGGUCCCCCAUGGGCGGUGUGUUGUUCUCGAUCGAGGAGAUCUCGUCUGUGUUCCAGUUGGCCACCAUCUGGAAGUCGUACUUCUGCUCGUUGGUGGCUGUUAUCACUUUGGCAGCCAUGAACCCGUUCCGCAGCGGCCAGUUGGUGCUUUUUGAGGUCCAGUACGAUACCGACUGGCACUUUUUCGAAAUUCCCGUGUACGUGGCGAUUGGGGUGUUUGGCGGCGUCUACGGCAUCGUGGUGUCCAAAUUGAACAUCCAGGUGGUGUCGUUCCGCAAGCGGUUCCUCGCCAACCACGCUGUCCGCGAGGUGGUGGUGUUGUCUCUUCUCACCGCCAGCUUCUGCUACUUCAACCAGUUCUUGCGGGUGGACAUGACGGAGGCCAUGCAGGUAUUAUUCCAGGAGUGCAGUCCUGACGAUGAUCACGGCCUCUGUGACGCCAGCCUGCCCAGGGUGGCGGUGUUGGCGUCGCUUGUGUUCGCCACUAUCGCCAGAAUGGCGCUCACUAUCAUCACCUAUGGGUGCAAAGUCCCUGCUGGUAUUUUUGUGCCGUCCAUGGCGGCUGGCGCCACCUUCGGCCGUGCCUUGGGAAUUGUGGUGGACCAGCUCUACCGCCACUACCCCAACAGCAGGGUCUUUGGUGCCUGUGCUGGCGAGUCCAAGUGUGUGAUUCCUGGAACCUAUGCGUUCUUGGGAGCCGCGGCUGCCUUGAGUGGAAUCACCCAUUUGUCGGUCACGGUUGUGAUCAUCAUGUUUGAGUUGACGGGAGCGUUGCGCUACAUCAUUCCCACCAUGGUGGUGGUGGCUAUCACCAAGAGCAUCAAUGACAGGUGGGGCAAAGGCGGCAUAGCCGACCAAAUGAUCAAAUUCAAUGGUUUGCCGCUCAUAGACGCUAGGGAGGAGUUCACCUUCAACGCCACGGUCGAGGCUGCCAUGACUGCCAUGAUCGUAACGUUUCCCGAGGACUCCAACGACGACUUCACGUUGGGACACUUGAAGACUACCUUGAAGAAAACAGCCUACCGCGGAUUUCCGAUCAUCAAAUCGUCAUCCAACCCCAAGAUCACCGGGUUUGUCUCCAGAUCCGACUUGGAGUACAUCCUCCGCGACUAUGAGGGCGUGGGCGACGAUACCCCGUGCUCGUUCAGCACCAACAACAUCAUAAGUUCAGUGGCCAUCGACUUCAAGUCCAUCAUCAACCAGUCGCCCUUGACCAUCAACAUCGACGUGCCUCUCGAGUAUGUCCUCGAGAUCUUCGUCAAGCUCGGACCUCGCUACAUUUUGGUAGAGAAAGAAGGCAUCUUGGUCGGUUUGAUCACCAGAAAAGACGUGUUGCGCUACGAGCACACCAGCCACUACUUACACACCGACCACGGGGACGAUCUGAGGUCCGAGCUCUUGGAAGCCAAGGUGUGGGAAAUCAUGAACCACUUUUCGAAAUCAAUCAGAAAAAAUUUGGGCAGGCUCAUUUUCAACGAUGAAUAUAGAUUCUAUACGGCGUUGCCAUCGGAACAUGACCGUUAG